GAGCUCCUGAGAGCGACCCAUUCUUUCACCAAUGUUUGUAGAAGCCGUCUGCAUGCCUAGGGGCUUGAUUGUAUACACCUGUGUCCAUGGAGGGGAUUGGAACACCUGAAUCACAUGAUAUGGAGGGGAUUGGAGCACCUGAAUCACAUGAUAUGGAGGGGAUUGGGACACCUGAAUCAUAUGAUUGGGAGGGGAUUGGGAAACCUGAAUCACAUGAUAUGGAGGGGAUUGGAACACCUGAAUCAACAGGCAUGGGAGGAAUAGUGCCCCAUCAUUGGUGUCAGUGGGAGGAAUAGUGCCCCAUCAUUGGUGUCAGUGGGAGGAGUAGUGCCCCAUCGUUGAUGUCAGUGGGAGGAAUAGUGCCCCAUCAUUGGUG